GUCUCUGGGCAACCAAUUUCCAAUCCGGCUGGAUAUUUUGACCCUCGGCUCGCCCGCACCAACCUGCGCAUCCUUCGCUGCUGCCGUCCAUCUGCCAACCCGUCGAUCUAUAGCCCGAAUGUCACUCUCGUCGGCAGCCUUUACCCCAGACAACCAGCCUGUGUCGUCGCGGGAGCUCUGGGGCUACUAUGCCUUUUCGUUCGCAAGUCAGGGAUUCUCAGGCGUCUCGGUCCUGUUGCUGAUGCCCGUCAUCGUGCGGGGUCUCGCUGCCGAGGCCGGCUGGGAUCGACUGGAUCUCUCCAAGCCCUGCGACUACACUGCCGCAAACUUUUCGUGCUGUGUCCAAUUCGGCUCGAGCUGUGUCGACACAGGCUCCUUCCUGUUGUAUCUCAGCUCCUUUGCAACGGUCUGCCAACUGCUGGUCCUGCUGGCCUUUGGGUCACUCUCGGACUAUGGAGCCCACAAAAAGCGCUUCAUGAUCCUGUUUUCCUUCCUCGCGAUUGCCUGCGGACUCGGCUUUCUCCUCGUUCUGAGCAGCUCGGGAUUCUUCAUCGCCGGCAUCCUCUAUAUCCUCUCCUCGGUGAUCUUCACCGGCACUUUUCUGUUCUUCAACUCCUUCCUCCCGAUCCUGGCACGGAACCACCCCGAAUUCACGGCAAGGGCGUCCAAGGAGAGCACCGAUACUGUCUUUGACCUCGUCGCCAACCGAAUCAGCGCCAACACCAUGGCCAUCGGCUUUGCGGCCGAUGUCAUUCUCUUUGUCCUGGGGGUGCUGUGCGUGUAUCUCCUGGGCCGGAUCCCCCAGCUUCCGACGUCGACGUAUCCAUCGCAGGUGGCCGUGGCCCUGACCAGCGUUUGGUGGCUGGUGUUCAUCUUCUUCACCAUCGCCUGGCUGAAGCCGCGGCCGGGACCGCCGCUGCCCGCUGGAAUCAAUCCCUGGACCCAUUGCGUCAAAAAGAUUGGCCGCACGCUCAAGACCGUGGUCUUCGAGUCCAAGUCGGUUGCACGGUUCCUGAUCUCGUGGAUCAUCUACUCGGACUGCUUCAACACCUGCGGCUCGCUCUCGAUCCUGAUUGCACAGGAAGAAUUCGGGGCCAGUCAGAUCGAGCUGGUUCUCAUCGGCAUCGUCGUCAACUUUUCAGCCAUCGUGGGUCUCAAGCUCUUUCCUGUGAUCCAAAACCUGACCGGCGCCAGCUCCAAGACCAUCAUCGUUGCUCAGGCGAUUGCGUUCUGUCUCUUUGCCAUCUACUGCAUAGUCCUGCUCAAGAACAAGUGGGAACUGUGGCUCUGUGCAGUUUGGUAUGGCAUCCUCAGCGGGACGGCACAGAGCUUCUGCCGGGUGUUUUACUCGCGCAUGAUUCCGCCGGGACAAGAAGCCGAGUACUUCUCGCUGAUGUCGGUAACGGCCACGGGUUCCUCGGCUCUGGGUCCCCUGAUCGUCGGUGCCAUCAUCGACUCGUCUGGAUCACGGCGCCUGCCGCUGUGGUUCAUCUUGGCUUCCUUUGCGGUCUCGGCCGUCCUGUUUGCCACCAUCCAGCCGCCCCAUGUCAAACUCGGCAAGGCAGAAGAGGCAGAUGUCAACUAGACGCCUUCUCAUCAAGGCGCUCCGUUUUUGUUUUUUCAUGUUUUUGUAUUAUUUUUAUUGUUUUGCUUCGAUUCCAUCACCAAACGUACAUCCACUUGAUUGUCCUCCCUUUCCCUGAAGGCUUGUUUCAAUCAUCUACAGUCCUGGGAGCUGCCGUCUCGCUCCAUGCAUCCAACCAGCAAAUUCUCUAUUUUUGCUGUUCAUGGUCCCUCAAACAACAAAGGUAGUCUAAUUUCAAAAGUCAGUGGGAAUAUUGAAUGUUUCAGUGGUGG